AUGGAGGACCCAGAGAAAGAGAUAGCGGUUGUAGGCAUUGGGUGUUCUUUCCCAGGAGGGGAAGGCCUUGACAAUUUCUGGAAGGUUCUGUUGGAGGGAAAAACCUGCACAGUCCAGAUUCCAGAGGAGAGGUUUGACUGUGGGUACUGGUACGACCCUGAUGACAGCAAGCCUGGGAAAACAUACACUUCGAAGGCUGCUCUCAUCAACGGACUGAAUGACUUUGACAACAAGUUCUUUGGAAUCACUGAUGAAGAGGCAGCUGAGAUGGACCCCCAGCAAAAGCUCCUGUUGGAGUGUACUUACAGAGCACUGGAGAACGCUGGGAUACCUUUUGAGAAGGCCAGUGGAACCAAAACAGGGGUGUUCCUGGGUAUGAUGAACAGAGAUUAUGAACUUAUACACGUCCGGUACAACCCCAGGACAAUAAGCCACUCUAGUGGAACUGGGACAGCCAUGAGUAUAGCAGCUAACAGGAUCUCCUACACUUUCAACUUCUCUGGGCCGUCACUAGUCCUUGACUGUGCUUGCUCGUCUUCACUAGUGGCCCUGCAUCUUGCCUGCCAGGCUAUAAGACAAGGAGACUGUGAGAUGGCAGUGUGUGGAGGUGUGAGUUGCAUCCUGGAACCACGGUUGUUUGUCGCUCUCAGUAAAGCAAAAAUGCUCUCACCUGAAGGCAUCAGCAAGCCUUUUUCCAGUAGAGCUGAUGGCUACGGGAGAGGGGAAGGAUGUGGGAUCGUCUUGGUUAAGCCUCUGAAAAAAGCUCUGCAGGACGCUGACCACGUGUGGGGCAUCAUACGAAGUACUGCAGUCAAUCAAGAUGGCCGCUCCGUCACUCCUAUCACCAGGCCAUCCAUGGUCCAGCAGGAGGAACUGCUUCGCAGCAUUUAUGCAACGCAUGUCGAUCCAUCACAUGUCCAGUAUGUGGAGGCUCACGGGACUGGAACUCCAGCAGGGGAUCCCACAGAAGCAAGCAGCAUAUCCAAAGUCAUCGCCAAAGCAAGAACCCCGGGAUCCAAAAUGCUGCGCAUGGGCUCUGUGAAAGGUAACAUCGGACACACAGAGUCAGCCGCCGGGGUGGCGGGACUCAUAAAGGUACUUCUGAUGAUGCACCAUGAAACUAUUGUCCCAUCGCUUUUCUAUUCCGAAGACAGUGCAAGCAUUGAUGCCAAAGGCCUCUGUGUAAAGGUUCCCACCACUGUAGAGAAGUGGGAAAAAAGUGGUCCAUUUGGAAGGGUUGCAGGCAUCAAUAACUUUGGCUUUGGGGGUACAAAUUCACAUGCUGUUGUCAGUCAGUACACGCAGACAGAUGUUUCUAAAUCAAAUACUGGGGAAUCACAGGCGAUGUUUGUACUCUCUGCAAUGACAGAGAAAUCACUGACAAUGAUGAUUGAGGACACAGCUAAAAUCAUUAGAAUGGGUACUUCAGUGAGUCUGCAAAAUCUGGUGUACACAUCUGCAUGUAAGAGAAGCCACUCAAAGCAUAGAUACAGAAAAGCUUUCCAUGCGUCCACUUUGAGCAAGUUAGAGGCUCAGCUUACAUCUGCACUGAACAAAAAGAUUACGCCAUCAAGGUUAGACCCCAGGCUAAUUUUUGUGUUUUGUGGAAAUGGACUUACCUACAAAGGCAUGUGCAAGCAGCUGUUGAGGGAGGAACUUGUUUUCAGAGAAAAGGUAAAGGAGAUUGAUGGCCUCUUCCAAAAGUACGGUGGAAAAAGUAUCUUGCAGAAGUUAGAAGACACCAGUGACAAUGACAGCCUCUCUAAACCAGACGUUGCCCAACCAAUGCUCUUCGCUAUUCAGGUAUCUAUUGAUAGCCUUCUAAAGCACUGGGGUAUCAAACCAGAUGCCAUAGUUGGACAUUCUGUGGGUGAGGUGGCUGCUGCCCAUUGCUCUGGUCUGUUGUCCCUUGAGGAUGCUGUGAAGGUGAUCUACUUCCGCAGUACUUUGCAAAGCAAGGCCACUGGUGGGAAAAUGCUUGUUGUCAGCAACAUGGAGGUGUCAGAAGUUGUACAGCUCCUGUCUGCAUAUUCAGGAAAGCUCUGCCUAGCUGCCACAAACAGCCCCCAGUCCUGCACCAUAUCUGGUGAUGCAAAUGCUGUAGAUAAACUUCAUCAACAUCUGAAAACUUCCCACAACAGCAGCAAUCUGUUCAUCCGCGUUUUGGAUGUUCCUGCUGCUUACCACAGCCACUUCAUGGAUCCCAUUCUGGGUGAAAUACAGCACACUAUAGGUAUCUUGAAAGAGCAUGAAAUGCAGGCAGAGCUGUUCUCAACAGUGACAGGAAAGAUGCUGUCUAAAGGGGACUUCAGUACAGGCAAAUACUGGGCGAGAAAUAUUCGAGAGCAAGUAGCAUUUGAACAAGCUGUGAGGUCGUCAGUGACAGAGAAGAAGAAUGUGGUCUUUGUAGAGAUAGGUCCGAGGAGGGCCCUGCAGAGGUACAUCAUGGAGAUACUAGGAGAUGACACCCUAGUGCUGCCCUCUGUACAGCCAUACAGAGACCACGAGACAAUGUUAACAGUUGUGUCCAGACUCUUUGAGCUGGGGGUUCAAGUAAACUGGGAUCAGUUUUACAUGGGGCGUAAAGCACCUCCAACACCUUUUCCGAGGUAUCAAUUUGACAAAACAAGGAAGGAUGUCUUCCAUGUGGAAACACAGACGACCUUUGAGAACAGUCACCCUGUGCUCUCCCCGACGGGUCAAAAUGACAAGGAAUUCAUUUGCAAACUUUCCUCUGAUUCAACAUCAUAUUUGCAUGAGCACAAAAACAAUGGCGUUGCGAUAAUCCCCGGAGCGUUCUAUGUUGAAUUAGGCUUUGCGUCCUUCCUUGCACAGGCAAAACCAAAAGUCCCACUCAGCUCAGUACAGCUGAGCAUCAGUUUCCAAAGCCCGCAUGUUCUGAACCAGAAUUCACCAAAAAUUAAAGUGCAGCUGGUUGCAGAAGACACCGAGACAAAGUUUAAAAUAUAUUCACCCUCAGCGAUCUAUGCAUCAGGAAAGGUCGAAUGCAAGCCAGGAACAUCAGCUGAGGAGCAAUCCAUCUCACUUAACGACGUUUACAAAAGGUGCACUGCCAUUGUGAAAGCUGAAACACUGUACAAAAAUCUCAGCACAGGAGGGUUUCAGUAUGGUUCAGUCUUCAAAAAUGUCGAAGUUGUGUACUGUGGAGAAGAGUGCAAUGAAGCUGUCUCCCAAGUGAAGGUUCCAGGGGAAGUACUGAAUCAGUUACAUGACUACUGCAUUCACCCUGUCGUUUUAGAUUAUUUCAUGCAGAUUGUAUCUGUCAUUGGUGCACACAAAUACUUGUCGCGACCUGGGUACCCGUCAUCCAUAGGCAAAAUGACAAUCUUAAAGCCUCUGCAGGAAGAAAUGGUCAUUUAUGUGCGGGCAGCAGACAUGGGGCCUGACCACGUUGAGGUGUGUGGCUGUUUCACAGACAAAGCGGGCCAUGUUUUAGUUGAGCUUACGCACGUGAGAACUUCCUACUUAAAAAGAGCAUCUGUCACCGAUGAUUGUUUCUUUCACAAUGAAGUGAGUAUCGCUUCUGAGGAGAUCAAUGACAGGAAGAAACCCAAGGCUUUAGUCUUUGCAGACCAGCGGGGAGUGUGGAAAGCUUUGCAGCAGCACUUACACCCAGAGUCUAUUUACAUUCCUCACAGAGAUGUGAGAGAGUUGUCAGGAAAUGGCACCUCCGAUUUCCUGUCAAAAUUUAAUAUGCCAGGUGACAGGAAGUACGAGGAGGUUUUGUUCAUGUGGGGGAUUCAGGACCUUCAUGCAGAGGAAAGCAGUGAGGUCUUGGACUACAUGGUUAGCUUUUGUGAGCUUUUCCGUCAAAUUGUUCUCAAGCUGAGGGAGGACAGGUUUCCAUAUCUCAUCAGAACCAUAACUUACGAGUCGACAGAGAAGACAGUGGAUCAAAUCAGGCCGGGUUUUGUACUUUCCGGUAUGGCAAGAGCUUGUGCAGCAGAGGCUGAAGGUCUUUCGUUUCAGUUGAUUGAUAUUGCCUCUUUUUCACCUAACGACCUCAGAGCACUGGGGGAGGUUAUUCACUCCUACCCUUGCAAGAAAUAUCCAGAAGUCACGAUAAGCAGUGGACAGAUUUACAAGACUACCUUUGCUAAAACCACCCUAAAAAUCUUUGAUAGCCCUGAGAAAAAAGAUCUCUCUACAGCAUCGGAAUGUUUCAAGCUACAGACCGCCAACCCUUACAGAAUGACGAGCUUGUCUGCUAUUUCUUCCUGUGAUACCAAGACUCAACUUGAGACACAAGCAGUGGAGGUACAGGUGAACAAGAUUUGUGUUCACUCCUCAGAUUAUUUUCCCGUCAGUGUCUCUGAUCUAAACCUUGGACCGACGAUGUACUGGCGCAAACAUGUGUCUCAGAACCACACACUUUUAUCUCUUGACUUCUGUGGCACUGUCACAGCUGUGGGUAGGGAUGUGAAGAGACUGAAAGUAGGGGAUCAGAUUGUGUCAUGCUAUCCCACGCCUGCAUCCUCCAAGGUCACGGUUCCUGAAGUUGCAUGCUAUGAAGCAAAGAGCUUUCCAUUUCUUACAGAUGUGCCGUGUGUGUCCUUCUUUGUACUGGCAUGGGAACUCUUCCACCAUACCUUACCCAAAGAAACUCAAAAGGGAAAUCUGGCCUUCAUUUCCUCUGCAGCUGAUUCAUGUUUGCUGAAAGUCUUGCUGUUAGCGGCAAAGAAAUCGGGUUGGAUACCUACAGUUGAAACACGGUGUGGUAGACUGCUAGAAAACUCAAAUAACUGUGAUGUGUUUGUCCUUUUGCCUCCUUUUGAUGAAUCUUCUGUUACUGCAGCAGCGAGUGUUUCCUCUGCAAAACACAUUGUGGUAAUCUGUGACAACCAAGCACCAGCUUCUCUCUCACAAAAUAUUCUGAGAAAUGCAAAUGAAAAUGCUGCCAUUCACACUAUUCAAAUGAGUAAUGUUUUCCAAAAAGCGUACCUCAAAAAUCAGAGAACAAUGAUUGAUCGCUGGUUGACGUCAAUGCAUUUGGAAAAGUCAUCCUUAGCUCAAGAAAGCACGACCUUUCAAAAAAUGACAACCAGAGACUCUGAGGCCAAGUCAUCUGAAGAGUCUGAAUCGUACUUCAGCUCAAAGACCACAUCUUUAAUUGUGCUGGAUGGUGCUGAAAAGAACAAGAUGUCUGACAUCCCAGUACUUGAGAAUCAGACACAGAUCUUCCAGAAAAAUGCCAUUUACAUAGUUACAGGGGGUCUUUCUGGCCUGGGGUUUGAAACAGUGAAGUUCAUUGCUCGACGAGGCGGAGGACACAUUGUCAUUUUUUCAAGAAGGCCACCUACACCUGAUAUGCAAAUAGAGAUGGAUAACCAAAACAUUUUACAUGGGGCGUUAGUCAUCAGCUUGCAAUGUGAGAUUUCAAAAAUCGAUCAGGUUUUGGAAGCCUUUUCUGUCAUUGGACAGAGAUUUCCCUCCUGUGCAGUAAAAGGGGUGUUCCACAGUGCAGUCGUCCUGCACGACGGAUUACUCGAAACUCUUGACAUGUCACUCUUUGAAAAAGUGAUGAAGCCAAAAAUUCAAGGGGCUUUGAAUCUGCAUCAUGCAACAAAAGAAUACAAGUUAGACUACUUUGUGUGCUACUCCUCCAUUUCUUCAUGCAUCGGCAAUGCCUCUCAAACAAACUACGGUUCAGCAAAUUCAUUUCUGGACAUGUUUUGCCACUACCGACGAAAUCGUGGACUUGCUGGGCAGUCCAUCAAUUGGGGGCCUUUGAAUGUGGGUCUUCUCUUGGAUAAGGCUGAGUUCCAUACCUUUUUGGCGUCAAAGGGGCUGAUGACAAUGGAGCUAUCAGACAUCCAUGAAUGUCUUGAAAAGUGUCUGCGGCAAAACGAUCCCCAGCAAAUUGUGUGCAAGUUUAACUAUAGAACCAUGCGCAACCAUGUCCUCUCUCACAACAGUGCCCUAGCUACACGGUUACAUGAAGUGGUGAAAAAAGGAAUCAUGAGCGCAAAUGAAACAGACCCCCUCAACCAGCCCCAGAUGCAAUCUCUUGACAAUUCUGUCUCCUCACUACAAGAAUAUGUCAGAUCUGUGCUCUGUGAACUUAGCAACGUAGAAACAGAAAAGGACGAGCUAAUUCUUGACACUGCUCUCACUGCAUUUGGCAUCGACUCAAUGUUAGCUAUGACCCUUCAGAACCGAAUCUUCCUAGACAGGGGUGUGAAAGUUCCUCUUGUGAGAAUACUUGACCCAAACAGCACACUUUCCACCUUAGUGUCAGUUCUGAAGGAGAGCGGGGAGGCAGGUGUUCCAACUGAGGAUCUAAGCACCUGA